AUGGCGGCGGCGGGCGGCGCGGCGGGGCUGGCGGCGCUGCUGGGCAGCGCCUCCCCGCACCUCCUGAUCGUCUCCGCCGCCGCCGAGGAGCCCGCGGGCGGCGGCCACCCCGAUACCGACCUCCUGCUCUUCGCCACGCCGCAGCCCGCCCGCCCCGGCGCCGCGCCCAGACGGCCCGCGCUGGGCCGCCCGCCGGUGAAGAGGAAGCUGAACUUGGAGACGGAUCACCAGUACAUAGCGGAGAGUUUGCCAGUGAGCCGGGGCAAGGCCAGGAACCCUGCCAAAGGGGCAAAGUCUCCUGGAGAGAAGUCCCGGUAUGAAACCUCCCUGAACCUCACCACCAAGCGCUUCCUGGAGCUGCUGAGCCAGUCCCCAGAUGGUGUGGUGGACCUCAACUGGGCAGCCGAGGUGCUGAAGGUGCAGAAGAGGCGCAUCUACGACAUCACCAACGUCCUGGAGGGCAUACAGCUCAUCACCAAGAAAUCCAAGAACCACAUCCAGUGGCUGGGCAGCCAGGCCACCGUGGGAGCGCCAGGCCGGCACCGGCUGCUGGAGAAGGAGCUGCGGGAGCUGCAGGCGGCCGAGCGGCAGCUGGAUGACCUCAUCCAGAUGUGCACGGUGCAGCUGCGCCUGCUCACCGAGGACCCCGCCAACCAGCACGCAGCCUACGUGACCUGCCAGGACCUCCGCAGCAUCGUGGACCCCGCGGAGCAAAUGGUGAUGGUGAUCAAAGCCCCCCCAGAGACCCAGCUGCAGGUGUCAGACCCUGCAGAGGCGUUCCAGGUCUCGGUGAGAAGCACUCAGGGCCCCAUCGAUGUGUUCCUGUGCCCCGAGGACAGCUCGGGGGUCUGCAGCCCUGUCAAGAGCCCCUUCAAAGCCCCUCCUGAGGACUCUCCUCCCAGCCACUCACAGCCCAGAGGCCCCCUGCUCCUGCAUCCUGCCCAGGAUGUGAACAUGCCUCUGCUGCCUGGAGAGCAAGAAGCGCUGCUGCCAGGGCCGAGCGCGCUGCCCAGCAAGGGCCCCAAGGAGGAGGAGGAGGAGGAAGAGGAGGAGGAGGUGAGCCUGUCUCCCCUGGCCUCCAUGGACAUGCUGCUGGAGCAGAGCAGGGAGGAGCUGGCGGCUUUCCUGCCCGAUGAGUUCAUCAACCUGUCGCCGCCGCAGGCACAGGACUAUCACUUCGGGCUGGAGGAGGGCGAGGGCAUCAGCGAGCUCUUCGACUGCAACUUCGGGGACUUCACCCCCUUGGACUUCUGA